AUGACCGUUUUAUAUAAAGGUUCGGAUAUACCUGUAGAAUUGAAUUCUACUUCUGCAACAUUAAAUUUCAUUCAAGAGCAUAUAGUUCCUGAUUUAUUACGAGAUGACCCUACAUUAACUGAAAAGAUAAUAUUCAAUAAAAUUUCAAAAAAUAGCAACAUUGAGCGGACAGUAGAUAUAUUAUGUCAAAAGGAUUCGGUUAAUAAUUUCAUUUGCAUAUAUUCAUAUGGACCACAUUUACAAAAACUGUUAAGUAUAGUUGAAAUAUUUAAGAAAGUUAAAUCAGAUACUAGCGAUGUUAAAAUUAACCAAUGGAAUAAAAUGGCAAUGUUUAAAACAGUAGAAGAAGGGAGAAAUGAAUUGUUAGAGAAAAAAACUAUAGUUCCUAUAUUGAUCACAUUUAUAACUACAUCUCAAUCAUUGGCAUCACCAGUAUUUGAAAACGAUAAGAAUAUGUUUACCAAACAGUAA